AUUUCGUCCUGUCAAUGACAGUUUUAUUCAGAAUGAGUUGUUGUGCUGUGUAAAGAAUAAAAGAAAAUUAGGCAAGAUGAAUCGGCGUAGUUUACGCCAAAGACCGAGAAUUAGUUACUACGAACCCGAAGAACCGAGUUUGGACGAAUACAUUUAUUGCGAUGGGUGCACCGACUUUGUGUACGAAUACUGUGCGAUUCACGGGCCUUUACUGGUCAUCCCUGAUGAUAAGGUUCCUACCAAAAGUCCCUUCCCGGCCUACGUCCCCCGCGCCGCGCUUACAAUCCCGCAUGUGUUCCUACAUAUAGCACCCUCUAUUAUACCAGGCGCUGGUCUGGGUAUAUUCAGUACUUUGACCCUACCACGCGGCGUUCGCUUCGGACCGUACUGCGGAGUUCGCACGCAAAAUGUCGACUCCAUGUAUUGUUGGCAGAUAUACGAUAGAAACGGCAAAAGAUCUCACGUAGUGGACGCGGAGGAUGGUAAUCGGUCCAACUGGAUGCGUUACGUCAACUGCGCACGGAACUGGCGGGAACAAAACCUCUUGGCUUACCAAUAUCAAGGGCAGCUUUAUUAUAGAACUAUCAAAAUAAUCCCUCGCUUCACGGAGCUACUAGUGUUCUACGGCAGCGAGUUCGCGAACACGCUGCAUAUCAACCUGAGCAAGUAUAACGCGCCUCCGGGAUAUGCUCAAAAAUUCGGUGCACCCCCCGCCAAGAAACCAAAGCAAGACCUACAAAACGAAAAACAAGAGAUACAAAGAGAACAAAAAUCAUCAAAAAUUGAGAAAACUGAAGAAAAACUAAAUAAUAGUCCUGAUGUACCCGAAAAUAGUAAGUUUGGACCUAACAGUAAAAGACAAAAAUCUAUUUCAUAUGAAUGUGUUUCAAAAGAUAAACCUGAUAUUAAGGUAAAAAAAAAUAUUGAACCCUCAAAUAGUCAAGAUAUUCCAAUACAGAGUAAUAAUUAUGUAAAUGAAAAUGAAUUCAAAUGUAAGAUCUGUAAUUAUAAAGGCAUAAAUAGCGAUUUGGAAAGACAUAGCUUAAGACACAAAAAUAUUAGUACUAACAAGCCUGAAAAAUGUGAUGUUAGUCCGAGUCGUUAUAGUCAAAAGUGUGAUUUAGUUAAACACACUCGUACACACACUGGUGAGAAACCUUACAAAUGUGAUAUUUGUCCGAGUAGUUUUAGUGUAAAGAGUCAUUUAAUAAGACACAUUCGUAUACACACUGGUGAGAAACCUUAUAAAUGUAAUAUUUGUCCGAAUAGUUUUAUUCAAAAGGUUGGCUUAGUUUAUCACAUUCGUACACACACUGGUGAGAAACCUUAUAAAUGUGAUAUUUGUCCGAGUAGUUUUAGUUUGGAGGGUAGUUUAAUAAAACACAUUCGUACACAUACUGGUGAGAAACCUUAUAAAUGUGAUAUUUGUCCAAGUCAUUUCAGUGAAAAGGGACAUUUAGUACCACACAUUCGUACACAUACUGGUGAGAAACCUUACAAAUGUGAUUUUUGUCCGAGUAGUUUUAGUGAGAAGGGUAGUUUAAUAAGACACAUUCGUACACACACUGGUGAGAAACCUUAUAAAUGUGAUAUUUGUCCGAGUAGUUUUAGUCAAAAGAGUGAUUUAAUUAGACACAUUCGUACACACACUGGUGAGAAACCUUAUAAAUGUGAUAUUUGUCCGAGUAGUUUUAGUCGAAAGGGUGAUUUAAUUAUACACAUUCGCACACACACUGGUGAGAAACCUUAUAAAUGUGAUAUUUGUCCGAGUAGUUUUAGACACAAGAAUACUUUAAUAGCACACAUUCGUACACACACUGGUGAGAAACCUUAUAAAUGUGAUAUUUGUCCGAGUAGUUUUAGUGUAAAGAGUACUUUAAAAGCACACAUUCGUACACACACUGGUGAGAAACCUUUUAAAUGUGAUAUUUGUCCGCGCAGUUUUAGUAGAAAUUGUUAUUUAAGAACACACAUUCGUACACACAAUGGUGAAAAAUCUAAUAAAUGUGAUAUACAAAAAAAUUGUCAGUCUUCAAAAUAGUUUAAAAACACAUAAUCGUAAAUUCGGAUUUCGAAAGCUGCAGCAUAAUUUUUGAUGUAAGUAAUUUUUCGUGGCAAUCUAGGUAAUUAAUUGUUUUUCUUUGUUCAAAAUUUUUAUACGGGUGAAAAGAGUUUUUUUUCUUUUUUUUUAAAUUUUAUAAACUUGAUAUGAAUUUAUUUUUAAGUAGGUUAGUUUGUCAUCACUAUUCAAUUCUAUUAAGGUGUUUUGUAAUUUUACGAUUACAAUAAUACCUACUUAUGUAUAUAUUUAGCGAUGUGGUCCGAUUUGUUAGGUAAUUUUAUAUGAACUUAGUUUUUUUAUUGUGCUUAUGUGAUUUUGUUUUUAUUUUUAAAUAAUUGUUAUUUUGUUUGUCAAAUUCACGAAACUUCUGUGGAUAAGAGCGCUUUCAAACCAGGGGAUUUUCCUCAGUAUCUGUAUGAAAUAUUGCACAAUGUUCAUCAUCAUCAUCAUCAUCAUCAGCCUAUCGCAGUCCACUGCUGGACAUAGGCCUCUCCAAGUGCACAAUGUUAUUAAAAGUAUAUAUUUAGACGAAGUCCAUUAGGUUAGUACAUGCCUAUUUGUUUUGUAGGUCUUAUUUUUUUUACUUCUAAGCAAAGAUUUUGUUUGACUAUAAGAAGAAAUUAUUUGUUUUUGUUGCUACAAAAAGUAGGUACUUAUUCUUAUUAACAUAAUUACAUUAAUAAAACUAUUUUCUUUUUAUCAUGUAUUUUUAUUGCCGCUAUUAGUACAUAGCUUAGAGUAUAUAAAUAUCUAGAUGGAGCGUCGCCCUACAAUCACAAAAAAGAAGCUGAAGCAAUUGUUAUGCAUGUCGUUCUAUACUGCGCGUCGACGUAAAUAAUGUU